GAAAAAGGUCCGUCCACAAGAGCACACAUCGCAGAGAUCAUAACAUCGAGCGAAGACGCGUUUUUUUCCUCCGCUCUUAUAACAAGGAAUUACAGUUUAUCCAAUAAGGAAUAAUCUUUUUUAAGAUAGAAAAAAAGCGUUCCAGAAAGGUGGCACGGACGGUGUAGAUCCGUGACAAGAUGGCUGUCUCCACUCAGCUGGGCUUACUGUUGUGGAAGAACUUCACUUACAGAAGGAGACAGACUAUUCAGCUAUUGGUCGAAAUAGUGUGGCCCCUCUUCAUCUUUUUCAUCCUGAUUUCUGUCAGACUUCACUAUCCUCCCUACGAGCAACAUGAAUGCCACUUUCCCAAUAAGGCUAUGCCCUCUGCAGGGUCUCUACCAUGGAUGCAGGGCAUCAUCUGCAAUGCCAACAACCCCUGCUUUCGCUACCCCACCCCCGGAGAGACCCCAGGGAUGGUGGGCAACUUCAACGACUCAAUUAUCUCCCGACUCUUCAUCGAUGCCAAGAAAAUCCUCCUCUACAGCCAACAUGACAAAAGCUUUGAAGGUUUCAAAGGACUCGUCAGGGCCUUGAGAAAACUGCAAAGCAACACUGAAGGCUUCAAGCUGAAGGACUUUCUGCGUGAUAAUGAAACGUUGUCUAAGUUUCUGGAGAGAAAUGCCACCCUGCCCAAACAUGCAGUGAGACAGAUAGUGGAGGCCAACAUCAACUUGGAGAAGGUGCUUAUUAAAGGCUUUGCUGUUCACCUUCGGGACCUGUGCAAUUCCACAUCUCUGGAGGAAUUCGUGACCAUAGCUGAUAAAGAAGUGUCUCAGAUGACUCAAAACAUCAUCUGCCAAUCAUCGACUGAAUGGCUGAACAAUGCAGAGAGCCACUUUUUGUCUAACCUGGACUUUUUGAAGCCAAUCAGGAAAGAUGUAAAGUCCGACCCGAAGAUUAUCCAAGAUGUGUCCGUGGCAACAGAUAGACUGCUGGACAGCUUGGGAGCAUUAGCAGUGGAGUUUGCGAGUAUGAAGAGCUGGCGAGACAUGCGAAACGAGAUCCUGUAUUUGACUGGAAACAGCACGCAGUCCCCCAACCACAUGUACCAAGCCGUGUCCCGCAUCGUCUGCGGCCAUCCCGAGGGCGGAGGUCUGAAGAUAAAGUCCCUCAACUGGUACGAGGACAACAACUACAAGGCCCUGUUCGGUAGCUCCGGCAACGACAGCGACGACGAGUCCGCUUACGACAACUCCUCCACGCCAUACUGUAACACCUUGAUUAAAAGCCUGGAGUCGAGUCCCAUUUCUCGCAUGAUCUGGAGGGCACUGAAGCCGCUGCUCAUGGGAAAGAUCUUGUACACGCCAGAUACUCCAGCCACCCAGAGGAUCAUACAAGAGGUCAAUAAGACAUUUCAAGAGUUUGGAGUGCUCAGGGAUCUCGGAGGAAUGUGGGAAGAGAUGAGACCCAAAAUCUGGAACUUUAUGGAAAACAGUGAGGAGAUGGACCUGGUUCGGACACUCCUCCAGAACAAUGCUAGCGCUCGCUUCUUUAAUGCCAAGCUGAGCGGGACAGACUGGCAUGUGGAGGAUGUUUCCAGUUUUCUUUCCAAGGCAUCGGAAGACGCACGUCCCCACGGGACAGCGUACACAUGGCGAGAGGUGUUCAACGAGACCGAUCAGGCCAUACAAACCAUCUCCCGAUUCAUGGAGUGUGUGACCCUGGAUAAGUUGGAGCCGGUGGCUAAUGAGGAGCGUUUGGUAAAUAAAUCCAUGCGUCUGUUGGAUGAUCGCAAGUUCUGGGCUGGGAUAGUGUUUCCUGAUAUGCAAUCCAACACAGCUGAGCUGCCGCCCAACGUCAACUACAAGAUCCGUAUGGACAUUGACAAUGUGGAACGCACCAACAAGAUCAAGGAUGGCUAUUGGGACCCAGGUCCCCGGGCUGACCCAUUUGAAGAUCUGCGCUACAUCUGGGGCGGCUUCUCCUACCUGCAGGAUGUUAUUGAGCAUGGAAUCAUCCGGGCACUGACGGGCACUAAAGAGAAAACUGGAGUUUACAUCCAACAGAUGCCUUAUCCCUGCUAUGUGGACGACAUGUUUCUUCGGGUCAUGAGUCGUUCAAUGCCUCUGUUCAUGACUCUGGCCUGGAUGUACUCGGUGGCAAUCAUCAUCAAAGGUGUGGUGUACGAGAAGGAAGCUAGACUGAAGGAGACCAUGAGGAUAAUGGGUUUAAAUAAUGGAACCUUAUGGCUGAGCUGGUUCAUCAGUAGUUUGAUACCACUGCUCAUUAGCGCCGCCCUACUGGUGUUCAUCCUUAAGUUUGGAAAUCUGCUGCCUUACAGUGACCCUGGUGUAAUCUACUUGUUCUUGGCUUCCUUCGCCAUUGUGACCAUCAUGCAGUGUUUCCUGAUCAGCACUCUUUUCUCACGUGCUAACCUCGCGGCUGCCUGCGGGGGCAUUAUAUACUUCACCCUUUACCUACCCUAUGUGCUGUGUGUGGCCUGGCAGGAUUACGUGGGCUUUGGGGCCAAAUUGGUAGUGAGUCUCUUGUCUCCGGUGGCGUUUGGUUUCGGCUGCGAGUACUUUGCUCUGUUUGAGGAGCAGGGGGUGGGUAUUCAGUGGAGUAACCUGUUGUCCAGCCCCAUGCAUGAAGACAGCUACAGUCUCACCACAUCCAUUUCCCUCAUGCUGUUUGAUUCUGUGCUAUACGCUGUCAUGACCUGGUACAUUGAAGCUGUAUUCCCUGGUCAGUAUGGCAUUCCACGUCCAUGGUACUUCCCUUUCACCAAGUCAUACUGGUGUGGAGAGAAAUGUGGUUGGACUGCAUCAGUGCCCACUAACAACAAAGAAAAUGCUGAAGCUGUAUGCUUUGAAGAGGAACCGGCCCACCUGGACCCUGGUGUUUACAUCGAGAAUCUGGUGAAGGUCUACAGCAACGGAAAACUGGCAGUGGACGGUUUGACUCUGGGCUUUUAUGAAGGUCAGAUCACCUCCUUCCUGGGUCACAACGGUGCUGGAAAAACAACAACCAUGUCUAUCCUCACUGGCCUGUUUCCACCCACCUCUGGCACAGCAUACAUCAUGGGCAAAGAUAUCCGGACCGAUCUGAGCGCUAUACGUCAAAACCUGGGCAUGUGUCCGCAGUAUAACGUCCUGUUUAGCAUGCUCACUGUGGAGGAACACAUCUGGUUUUAUGCGCGUCUAAAGGGUUUGCCUGAAGAGAAGGUGAAGUCUGAGAUGGAGCAGAUAGUGAUGGAUCUCGGCCUGCCUCAUAAACGCAAGUCUUGCACCAGCCAACUCUCAGGUGGAAUGCAGAGGAAGUUAUCAGUAGCGCUGGCUUUUGUUGGAGGUUCAAAGGUCGUGAUUCUGGAUGAGCCCACCGCCGGAGUUGAUCCUUAUGCUCGCCGUGGCAUCUGGGACCUGCUGCUGAAGUAUCGUCAAGGUCGCACUAUUAUCUUGUCCACCCAUCACAUGGACGAGGCCGAUAUCCUGGGCGAUCGCAUUGCCAUCAUCUCCCAUGGAAAGCUCUGCUGUGUUGGUUCCUCUCUGUUCCUCAAAACACAGCUGGGAACGGGAUACUACCUGACACUGGUGAAGAAGGACUUUGAUCUCUCUGCUAGCUCCUGUCGCACCUCCAAUAGCACAGUGUCCUACUCCAAGGGAAGUCUUAAGAAGGAGGACUGUGUGUCUGAGAGCAGCUCUGAUGCUGGACUGGGCAGCGACCAUGAAAGUGAAACCACCACCAUUGGUAAAGUCAUCUGUAUACAUACACAAAACCUCUCUUCAUUUCAUAACCUCUUGAUUAGGUCCAUAUCGAAUCGUAUGCGUUUUCUCAACUCUCUCCAUAUUCUAGAUGUCUCCCUGAUCUCUAAUGUGAUUUUCAAGCACGUUCCUACAGCCAGACUGGUUGAAGAUCUUGGUCACGAGAUCACUUAUGUUCUGCCGUACGAAUCGGCCAAAGCUGGAGCGUUUGUCGAGCUCUUCCAUGAGAUUGACGAUCGGCUCACUGACCUCGGCAUUUCUAGCUACGGCAUCUCUGACACGACACUGGAAGAGAUAUUCCUCAAAGUUGCAGAGGACAGUGGUGUUGAUGCUGAAUUGUCAGAUGGAAUUAUACCUGCUCGCAGGAACCGCCGGCACGCUUUUGGUGACCAUCAGAGCUGUCUGAAGCCUUUCAAUGAAGACGACUUUGAAUUUAAUGACUCAGAAGAAUCGCGUGAGACAGACUGGCUGGGUGGUGCUGAUGGAAAAGGAUCAUAUCAGGUUAAGGGCUGGAGUUUGAGGAGACAGCAGUUUGUCGCCUUGCUCUGGAAACGCUUCCUUUAUGCCCGACGCUCCCGGAAAGGUUUCUUUGCUCAGAUUGUGUUGCCUGCUGUGUUUGUGUGCAUUGCUCUGGUCUUCAGUCUCAUCGUCCCUCCAUUUGGAAAGUAUCCCAGCCUCGCUCUGGAACCCAGCAUGUAUGAGGAGCAGUUCACCUUCAUCAGCAAUGAUGCACCGGAGGACAGUUAUACGAACAGUCUGCUUGAAGCUCUGAAGGACAGUCCAGAUUACACUGAAAAAUGUAGAGGCGAACAGACACCUAUCCGCAAAUCAUGUCCGAUUAAAGAUGAAGAGUGGACUGUUCCAGAGAUUCCCGAGUCUGUUCAGGAUGUGUUCCUAAAGGGGAACUGGAGUAUGGAGAACCCGUCGCCUUUGUGUGAGUGUAGCUGUGAAGGACAGAAAAAGAUGCUCCCGGAGUGUCCACCUGAAGCCGGUGGUCUUCCACCCCCUCAGAUUAAAGUCACCACUACUGAGACUUUACAGAAUCUCACAGGCAGAAACAUUUCUGAUUACUUGGUGAAAACAUAUGCUCAGAUUAUUGGGAAAAGCUUGAAGAACAAACUCUGGGUCAAUGAAUUCAGGUAUGGUGGAUUCUCAUUGGGUGCCAGAAGCUCACAGGCCCUUCCUCCUGGUGAUGAGAUCACCGAUGCCAUCUCCCAUAUUCGCAACCGCUUCAGUCUUCAAGCGGGUACAGCAGCGGACCGCUUCCUGGGAAGCCUGUCAACAUUUAUCCGAGGUCUUGACACCAACAACAAUGUGAAGAUCUGGUUCAAUAAUAAAGGUUGGCACAGUAUCGGAGCGUUUCUCAAUGUCAUGAACAAUGCCAUCCUGCGUGCCAAUCUGCCCCCCGGCCUGGAGCAGUCGAAGUACGGCAUCAAAGCCUUCAACCAUCCGCUCAACCUCACCAAGGAGCAGCUCUCACAGGUGGCGCUGAUGACGACCUCAGUGGACGUGCUGGUGUCCAUCUGCGUCAUCUUCGCCAUGUCCUUCGUUCCGGCCAGCUUUGUGGUGUUCCUCAUUCAGGAGAGAGUGAAUAAAGCCAAACACAUGCAGUUCAUCAGUGGCGUGCAGCCACUCCUCUACUGGCUGGCCAACUUUGUCUGGGAUAUGUGCAACUACAUUGUUCCUGCGACCCUGGUUAUCAUCAUCUUCAUCUGUUUCCAGCAAGAGGCUUACGUGUCCUCUACCAAUCUGCCUGUUCUUGCCCUCCUGCUGUUGCUCUACGGGUGGUCCAUAACACCCCUGAUGUACCCAGCGUCAUUCUUCUUUAAGAUUCCCAGUACAGCAUAUGUGGUUUUGACGAGCGUUAAUAUCCUCAUUGGGAUAAAUGGCAGUGUAUCCACAUUUGUCCUAGAGCUUUUCGGCAGCAACGAGGUCGGAGGCGUCAACAACAUCUUGAAGAACGUGUUCUUGAUCUUUCCUCACUUCUGUCUGGGCAGAGGUCUCAUUGACAUGGCGAAGAAUCAAGCUAUGGCUGACGCUCUGGAGAGGUUUGGUGAGAAUCGAUUCCGCUCUCCUCUGGCGUGGGAUAUGGUGGGCAAGAAUCUCUUUGCCAUGGCUGUAGAGGGCGUGGUUUUCUUCUGCAUCACUGUCCUCAUCCAAUACCGUUUCUGCAUCAAGGCCAGGCCGGUUAGCACCAAGCUAACACCAAUAGGAGAGGAGGAUGAAGAUGUGGCCAGAGAGAGGCAGAGGAUCUUAGGCGGAGGAGGACAGUCUGAUAUCCUGGAGCUCAAACAACUCACCAAGGUGUAUAAGAGAAAACAAAAGCCAGCUGUAGACAGACUGUGUGUGGGCAUCCCAUCAGGAGAGUGUUUUGGUUUGCUCGGUGUGAACGGUGCUGGAAAGACCAGCACUUUCAAGAUGCUCACCGGAGAUUCUGAUGUGACGAGCGGAGAGGCCUACUUGGCAGGGAAGAGUGUGCUGACAGAGAUUAAUGAAGUUCAUCAGAAUAUGGGAUACUGUCCACAGUUUGAUGCCAUCAAUGACCUGCUGACUGGCAGAGAACAUCUGGAGUUUUACGCCAUUCUGCGUGGCGUUCCCGAGAAAGAAGUGUGCGAGGUGGCAGAUUGGGGCAUUCGUAAACUGGGGUUGAUGAAAUACGUAGACAAAGCGGCAGGAAGCUAUAGUGGAGGAAACAUGCGCAAACUCUCCACCGCCAUGGCACUCAUUGGAGGCCCAUCGGUCGUGUUCUUGGACGAACCCACCACUGGGAUGGACCCCAAAGCCCGGCGGGCCCUGUGGAACUGCAUCCUCAGCAUCAUUAAAGAGGGACGUUCUGUCCUUCUAACCUCACACAGUAUGGAGGAGUGCGAGGCUCUGUGCACUCGUAUGGCCAUCAUGGUCAACGGCAGGUUCCGCUGCCUGGGCAGCGUGCAGCACUUAAAGAACAGGUUUGGUGACGGGUACACCAUCAUCCUGCGGGUGGCGGGGGCCGAUCCGCAGCUGGAGCCGGUGAUGGAGUUUAUUGAACGGGAGCUGCCGGGCAGCAACCUGAAGGAGAAGCACAGGAACAUGCUGCAGUACCAGCUUCCCUCUUCUCUCACGUCCCUCGCCCGCAUCUUCAGCCUCCUCUCUAAGAACAAAGGGCAGCUCCACAUCGAGGACUACUCCGUCUCACAGACCACUCUAGACCAAGUAUUUGUUAAUUUUGCCAAGGACCAAAGUGAUGAGGACCACUUAAAAGACAUUUCCAUGAACAAAAAUGAUGCCGUGGUGGACAUUUCUCAUCUUAGCACCUUCCUCAUAGACGAGAAGGCCAAAGAGACUGUGGUCUGAUCCCUCAAAACUGCCAUUCAGUGGAUGUGCAAAGAUCCACUUUUCUGGGAAUAGCGUUUUAUUUUUUGUACUUUUAUUUUCAGGUUUUUGUUCUAUUUCAGUAAAGUGUGCACCCACAAGAAGGCAUUGGACCUUAUCCACACUACUGAAACAAACUAAUGCAAAUCAAUGCAAAAAAGGAGAGAAAAUUGAAGAAGAAAAACACAUGAUUGCCAGAUGGAGCCUGGUGCUCUCUGCUCGGUCAUGGUGUUUCGUAAUAUUGAAACUUGAAGCUGUUAUGCCACUUGCGGUGAAUGUUUGAUCAACAAGACCUCUGCGAAGUUCCCAACGAAUAUCAAUCACACACUGCCAAUGAGAUGUCAAAUUCAGGGCACACGUCCAGCUCUUUCAUAUAGCGCAGGCUUGAAACGUUAAAUAACUGUCAAUAACGUAUUUCAGCAAGAGUUCACUGUCUUUGUACUUUAUUUUUUAAGAUAUGCAUUUUAAACUAUACUCAAAUUAUAUUUUGAAGAAACUAUGUGCAAUGUUUCACUAUUGUCAAGUGUUUCAAAGUGCGGUGCCUUGAAUCAUCACUCCGCUAAUGGACUAGAAACGAUACCAGCCAUUACUGGACGUGAAAUGAACGGCCCUCAAGCACGCACUGUCCUCAUAAUUACAAUGGUUUUCACAUCUUAUGUGAAGACAGAACUGAAAACAGUUCCACCGGUGUUGCUAUUUGUUUUUACAAAGUGAGUUUGGAAGUUUGUUGCAUGCUUUACAUGGUUUAGGACACCUGUGAGCUAGCAUGCAUGUGUUCUGUCCAGUUACGGGAGCCAUUGUAGCUUUGUUGUUCUGAAGUAUUUCCGCAUGGGUAUCAACGAGUUCAGUGUGCGUACCAGUGAGCAUUGAGGAGGUUUACAGUGGGUAAUCGCUGGGAGAUUCAUGGUUGUUUCAACAUUCAGAUGAAAACCAAGAAAACAUACAAUAAAACCGGCAAAAAAUGAGGCGAGUACAUACGUGUGUAACUGUACAGAAGCAAAUGUCCGUGCCAAACCAGGCCGAGAGGUUUAAAAUCGUUAUUAAUGACUGUAUUUUCAAGCAAGGAUGUUGUCAACAUUGGAUAUGAUACGUUUUAAUGUUUUAUUUAAUAACCUUGUGAUUUGAAUCAAGAGUUUCAUUCUACAAUAGGAACUUUUUAGGGGUCUUUUCAUGGACAUUACAAUCAUAGGCUUCUCCUAUGUCUGGUACAAGAGUUAAUAUAUCUCAGGAUGUGCCUCUUUAUCCUGUUUAAAUGCUUAGAUUAAAGUUUUAUAUUGAUAAUACCACACAACCACUUGUAAAAUCUCGACCAAUGCACUCUAUGGAACACUUGUUAGCCUACAACAAAGCCAAAGUGACCAAAAGCAAUGAGGUGCUACCAAUUGAUUUUUCCAAAUCUGUGAGGUGCUCUUUAGUCAACCAACCUCACAAAAUCAAGCAACAAACCCUACUGCACAUUGGAUAAUGUGGAAGAAAACAAAAGUAUUGUCUUUGGUCCAAAACUGAAGCACUUUAUAACAGUCAACGUUAAACUGGUCUUGACGUUCACUCGUACCAAAACAGAACUGUCUGUGUUUAACAAAAGACUAUUUUACAUUAAUAUUAGAUGUCCCACCAUGGCCAUUAUUUUAUGUUACAAUGUAUGUGUUUACAUUUGAAAUAUUAAAAAGCUAUUUCAGUCUCUCAUGUCCUUAUUUGUU